GUGACACUGACGUCAUGUGGAAUGUCGACGACAAAAACUUGAUGAAAAAAAUAAGUGACCUGAAAACAAGCUGUCAGCGAAGCUGGUGGAAAUGUUCCGUCUCCUCUGCUGUUGCUGCGUCCCCAGCGAUAACCUUAAUGAGAGGCAGCCUCUGCUGCAGCCCGUAUCCUCAGCUGCAAUAAAUGGAGCUGAAUCAGCCAGACAGGCCCCCUCAGCUCACAAUGAUGUGCAGACUGUGAAAAGGAUCGGAAAGCUGAUGAUGAGACGGGUGAAUGUGACAGAUUUGGAUCUGAGGUUUAAUGACAUGGCAGAGAGCUUCAAUGAGCAGCAAAAGCACUAUGAAGCCAUGGUCGAACACAUCAGAAAGCUGAAACAGAUCAGUGGCAGUACAAAUGUUGAUAACCUUGCUUUUGCUGAAUGCAUAGGAAAAAUUAGAAUAGAGCAUGAGAGUACAUACAGGGUGUCUUUGAAGAUGAAGGGCUACGACUUCUCCCUUGUGACAAAUCCAAUUGGCCCAGAGGGAGAAAAUGAGGAGAAACCUCUAUGUCUACAGUCAGCACAGAGUGAAGUCAUGGGCAUUUCUGAUAGCGCCAAAGCCACCAUCUCAAAGGGUACAGCGCUUAUCCAGCUUAUCGAUUGGCUGCUCCGGGGCCACAGCCAAAUGGCCGAGCAAGUAAAGGGAGCAGCAGAAAACUACCAAGAAGAAGGAAGACUGUGUGACAACCUGGAGGAGAACAUGAAGGAAGUGAGGAGGGCGAAGGAGUUAUCGCAAAGAUACAGGCAACAGGCUGGGGAAGUUUACAAUGAAGCUGCACAGAUUGCCGGGAUUGGUAUAUAACUGCUGUCACUUUUUAAAUAAAAUAUGUACAUAUGUUCACACUAUUUUGCAAGAGUUGAAUUACAGGUUUUAGAAAUGUCCUGUCUUUGGGGCAUUUCAUGUCAUUCUACCUGCAAGAUCCUGAAAUGCACUGAAAAUAUAAAUGUUUUUAAACAGCAGAAGUACAGACAAAACAUACCCAGACAUUUGGGUAUGGAUGAAACCAAGCUAUAAGGAAGAAUGAAUGACAACAGAUGAAUGCAAAUCGGUAAUAUUUGAAAAGCAUUAGUGAGGGUUUUAAAUGAAAAUUGUGAUUUAUUAUUGUUGUUUUUUUUUUCUCUUUGUUAUUAAUGUAAUUUAGAUUUUAAAAACAAUGGCCUUACACAGUAUUAAGGAUAACUUAGGAAAAUGAUCAGAAACGGAUGUCUCCCGGAUUUUAAUAUUUUAGUUUUUUGUUUUUUUUAUUGUUGUUUUAUUCUCAAAUUCGGGUUAGCAUUUUAUACAUCUUAUUUACUUUGUGCAUAUAACUUCAAAAUUUAAAGCAGAAAAAAUAUUGACAGAAUACCACAGUAAUAAAUAUAAAAGUAUGUUCAGUAAUAAACAGAAAAAAAAUACUAACA